CAUUUCCAAUUCGGAUCCCCUUAAACCUCUAAACCCCUGCAUGAAAACCUAAAUUAAGAAACCCUUCUUCUCCGAUGCGCUAAGAUCACAGUCGACGUUGAAUCUACAGACCAUAGUAUUGACAAUUAACAAUAAAUCCCGACAAAUUAUUGGUGUAAUCGAAGAUGUACUUCAGAUUUCGACGAAUGCGUCAUAUGUUUAGGGUUUUGCCCAAGAUUUAUCCAGAUACUAUUUACCGGUUAUCUGGGGCGGGCAUCAAUGUUUUAGCAGAUCCCCGUUCGGCUGCUGCUUGGUUUACUGCGAGCAAUAGCAUCUACAGUAGGCUUGAUCUGGCUUGCUGUCAAGGGCAAAGAUAUUCCUCUGUAGUUGAAACGAAACACGAGAAGCUCUCUACUGUUGAUAUUUUGUCCUUCGUUCGAUCUUCUCUCCAUCGGCCUAGAGGCCCUUCUCACUACUGGUUGAACAGAACUACGGGCAGCAAGGAUUUGUUCAAGGAAAAUGGAAUUAUUCUAGUUCUCAUAGGUGAAUAUCUGGAAGCUUCUCUCGAAGCUAAUCAAAAUACUGUCAAAAUGUUCGAAAAAGCAAAGUCACUUCAACAGAGGUACCCUUUCCUUCAAGUUGUUGCAUUACAACAUGGCAAAUCAAUAUGCCCGAAUGAUAUUUCUACAAAUUUUCUCCAGAGAAUUGUCGAGAAAUAUGUUACAUUUCCUAUCGUGUUGUGUAGCAAGGAUAUAUUUGAGAUGGCAAACAAACCAUGCUACAUCAUAUCUAAAGAUUUUCAAAAUCCUAUGGUCUAUCCUAGUGAGGAUGUAGAUCUUAAGGUUCUUGAUAAAGCCAUUCAUGAUUUGAAUGCGGAAAAUAGCAACAAACCCAAACUCGAUGACGUGAAGAGCAGUUGGGUCAAAUCCAUUGAAAUUGUUAAGGAACCAGAUGUUUGUUCUGCUUCAAGAAAUUUAUUGUUUUCCUUCCCAGGUUGCAUUUCAGUUGAUGAAAGUAGCAAUCACCUGUUCCUUUCUGAUGUUAAUCACCACAGGAUAAUUGUGUUCAACAGCAACGGGAAAAUUUUAGAUGCCAUUGGUUCUUCUCCUGGAUUUGAGGAUGGAGAGUUUGAAAGUGCUAAGUUAAUGCGCCCUGCAGCCUCAUUUUAUCACGAUUUUGAGGACUGUCUAUAUUUUGUGGAUUCUGAGAACCAUGCGAUCAGAAAAGCUGAUAUGGAGAAGAGGGUUGUGGAGACAGUUUUUCCAGUCACCGAGGGUACCAAAAGUCCAGGUUUAUGGAAGUGGAUUCUGGACAAGAUAUGGACAGAAAAGAAAACAAAUUUGAAGUCCGAAGAAUUUGAUUCCGACUCGUUUUUGUUUCCAUGGCAUAUUCUGAAGUCAUCGAAUAAUGACAUUUUUGUACUCAAUCAGAGCUUUGAAACUCUAUGGAUCGUAGAUUUGGAAUCAGGGUUUAUCAGAGAAGUUAUAAAAGAAUCUUCAAAGAUUUUGGAGAUCUGUGGGCAGAUUAUUCUCGAUAAAUGCAUUCCGUUAAAGCAGUUACCUAGUAUUUGGUUAGAGGAGCAAACCAAGAACAAUUGUUCAUUGGACGGAAUUCCGUAUGCUGGUCUUAUGUCUUCUGUUGCAACUUGUUCAGACAAUGUAGUGUUCUGUGAUACAGUUGCUCAGCAAGUAAUUAAGUUUAGCAAAGGGUCUGAAUCUGCGAAGAGCUUUCGAUUCUCAAACUUCGGAAUUCUUGGGCUGCCUUAUUGGCUAGCAUCUUCCCUCGAACGAGUUUAUGCUGUUGAUGAAAUCUCGGGAAUAGACCCUGAUCAUUCACAAAGUUUCCAUUUACCACCAGGCAGAGUGGAUAUAGAGAUGAAUGUGAAUAUUCCAAAAGAUGCUGAUUUAGUCGAACAACCACAAGAAGGAUCCAUUUGGCGUCAGGCUAGAGGAGCAGCUGUCGAAGUCUCAGGUGUAGAGAACAAGGCUGCUUCAUCAGAAAAGGUAGGUGUUGCUCAGCAAUGGUACGAUGAAAUCGACAAUCUCAGCUUUUCAACGCCACAAGAAGAAUCAAGCACAAUAGAACAAAGCAAAAUCCCAGGUGAAGAAUUGCAAGAAGGGAAAAUUCGUAUUUGUUGCACAGUCAACACUAGUCCUGGAACAAGUGAGGCUAUUGUUUAUGCUGCACUUUACAUGAGGCUUAAAAAGAAUUCAAAUUCACGAGCGAGCAAAGCAGAGAGAAUAGCUGAUAUGAUUGACCCUAAGAAAAAAACUAAAAAAGAUUUGCUCGUUAAGCUCUUGAUGUCGUCACACGGAGAUCUCGAAGAACUCGUGUGUACGAGACCAUUACACGUGAGAAUUAAGUUUAGUUGUGGGGACCACAAAAAGGCGGAUAAUUCAAAGGCUAUAGUUCUAACCGAUUCCUCCGUGAAGGUCGAUGUUACACUACUGUAAGUAGUAGCUGAAUGAGAUUUGCUGGUCAUGCAUUAAGAAGAGGGCUCGAUUGUAAUUUUGUAACUUUAUUGUUGUUAGCCAUGGAACAUAUGGACUUGCCAAAUUUUUGACUGUUUGAUAUUUAUUUAUGAUUUUAUGAGGUUAUUAUUGUUGUCCUAAUUUACUGCUUAUAUACGAAAAAAGCUAUUUGGCAGAGUUUGUAAGUGAAGUUUGUCGGAAAUUA